ACAUCAGGAACUUUACAGCUCUUCCAAAGUCUGUGAGCGAGAUGCGUCUCUGCUGUAAGCCGAGCAGCGAGGACGCUUUAGUUAGACAAGACAGUGACACAUGUCUGGUGAACUCUGAGCCCUGGAGUUUGAAUUCGCUGUCUCUCUGUAAAUGUAACGUCAAAAGUUUUGUCUUCAGAAAUGCUUUUCUUCUGCUCACUAUGGCUGCUAUUGUCCUGGGUAUCGGCCUGGGUUUUGCUCUACGUGCCGCUAACAUGACGGACCUGCAAAUUUACUACCUCCUGUUUCCUGGAGACCUGCUGCUGAGAAUGCUGCAGAUGAUGGUGCUUCCUCUCAUCAUCUCCAGUCUGAUCACAGGCAUUUCGUCAGUGGACAAGACGUGCUCUGGGAAAAUGGGGCUCUAUGCUUUUUCUUAUUACGCGACGACCACCUUCCUGGCUGUGUUCACUGGCAUCGUCCUAGUGGUUCUCAUCCAGCCAGGGAAAUCCCCCACGCCCAACUCAGUGUCCCCUGGUGGUCCAUCGGACACCAUGCAGACAGUGGAUGCCUUUCUGGAUCUGAUCAGAGAUAUGUUUCCUCCAAAUCUGGUGGAGGCUUGUUUCAGAAGGGUGAGCUCUGCAGUGAUGCUGGUGUUUUUUUUCCUCGCUCUUUUUUCUUUACUCGUCACUAAUGAGGAUUUUCUUGUCUUUAUUCAGUAUAAAACAAUUUAUUCUGAAAAGGAAACUCUCGAUGUCAACAUGACUGAAAGAAAUAACACAACACCGAUGCCAGGCACCAUCGACGGGGUCAACAUUCUGGGCUUAGUGGUCUUCUGCAUCGCCUUUGGCCUCGUCCUGGCCAAAAUGGGGGAUGAGGCGAAACCUCUGAAGGACUUCUUUGACUGCCUCAGUAAAGCCAUCAUGCAUCUGAUUGGUGUAUUCAUCUGGUAUUCCCCGGUAGGAAUCUUCUUCUUGGUUGCAGGACAGAUUUUGAAGCUGAAGGACGUCGGUGUUGUAGGACAACAGGUUGGCAUGUAUACUCUCACUGUGACCACUGGCCUGGUCAUCCACAGCUUGUUCACCCUGCCGCUCAUCUAUUUCAUUUGCGCACGCAAAAAUCCCUUCAAAUUCAUGGCUGGUCUCCUGGAGGCUCUCACCACCGCCUUUGGGACGUCAUCCAGUUCUGUGACCCUACCCAUUAGCCUCAACUGUCUGGAGAAUAAUCUGAGAAUGGACAAACGGGUGACACGCUUCAUGAUGCCUAUAGGUGCCGUCAUGACCAUGGAUGGAACAGCACUCUAUGAGGCUGUCGCUGCCAUAUUCAUAGCCCAGGUUUACAAUAUGGAACUUAAUCUGGGUCAAAUCAUCAUCGUCAGUAUAACUUCGACAGUGGCCGCUAUCGGUGGCUCAGGUAUCCCACAGGGCGGCAUGGUAACCAUGGCGAUGGUGCUGUCAUCAGUUGGCCUGCCCCUUGAAGGCAUUUCCUAUAUCAUCACAGUUGACUGGAUGCUGGAUCGUUUGAGGACGACCGCCAACGUGCUGGGCGACUGUUUCGGUGUGGGAGUCGUGCAACAUCUCUCCAGACAUGAGCUGCAGGGUCCCGCAGAGGAGUGGUCGGUAGAGGGAGAGGCAGAGAAACCCUUUGACUGACCAACGGUUAAACUCGCUCAAUGUUCUUCCUGCAACAAAUACGCUUUUUGAUUUAGGCACAAAUAAUGCUCAGGAAAAUAUGGCAACGAUAGCAACAUUAACAACUAUCAUAUUCUACUUCUUAUUUAGCUGCUUUCCGCUUAGAAACAUUGCUGUAAAUAGUAAAAAAAAAUCUAUUUCAGGAACAUUUUCAUGCAUUAAUGUUGCACAGAUAAAUUUAAAAGAAGUGAAAACAGUGUUCAAUCUGACAACAUUCCUAAAAACUCUAUCGCGAGGUGUUAUUUUUGACAAAAUGUCACAUUUAGAAAAGGUUGCAGGUGUAAAUCUGUGUUCAUUGUUUGAUGGAACACACACAUAUCAGUAUAUCCCCUUCAAGUCAUUAUGAUCCUUUUGAUUUUUAAAUGAUUCUGUUUGAAAUGGAACCUUUUUUGUGAUCAAAUGCGUGUUUAAAACUCAGUUUAACGAUUUCUUGUGAUCAUACAAAUUGCAGAGUGGACCAUGGUGUACAGGAAAUAGUUGUGUCGCUUGGUUUCUCUGUUCAACUGUACGAUUUCACGCCGAAUAAAA